AUGAACAAUAUCACCUUCUUCACAGAGUUCCUCCUCAUGGAUAUCUCCAGCUCCCAGAAGCUACGAGUUUUACAAAGUCUGAUGUUUUUAGCAAUUUAUCUAGCAACAUUAACUGGGAAUCUAAUAACCAUUACUGUAAUUGUGACAGACACUCAUCUUCAUUCUCCAAUGUACUUUUUUAUGAGCAAUUUAUCCCUCGUAGACCUCUGUAGCAUCUCAGUCUUUGUUCCCAAAUCCAUUGUGAAUUCCAUGACGGGCAGCAUGACCAUCACCCUGAGAGAAUGUGCUGCUCAGAUUUUUUUCUACCUACUUUUUGCCACUGCAGAAUUUGCUUUCCUUGUGGUCAUGGCCUUUGAUCGCUAUAUUGCCAUCUGCCGCCCUCUGCACUACAGACUCAUUGUCACCCGGAAGAUGUGUGCCCAGGCAGCAGGUGGCUCCUGGGCCUCUGGUCUGGUCUAUUCUGCUGUCCACACCUGUGCCAUAUUCAGACUUCCAUUUACAAAGACCAAUGUGAUCCAGCAAUUUUUCUGUGAUAUACCUCAAGUUUUGAGAAUAACAUCUUCAGAGGUUCAAUUUUCUGAAUUUGUAAUCAUUGCUGUUAGUGUGUGCCUUGUCUUAGGAUGUUUUUUCAUUAUGAUUAUAUCAUAUGUUAAAAUAUUUACAUCUGUGUUAAAGAUGCAUUCAGUGGAAGCCCGGAAUAAAGCCUUAUCCACAUGCUCCCCACAAUUGUUCAUCCUCCUUUUGUUUGCAAUUUCUGGCUCCGUAGCUGUCUUAGGUCCCAUUGAAGAGAAAGCAUCCCUUAAAAAUCUGCUGACAGCCAUGUUCUACACCAUAGUGCCCCCUUUCAUGAACCCCAUCAUCUACAGCCUUCGGAACAGGGAGAUUAACUCUGCUAUAAGCAGAAUGUUCACUAGAUCAUCUCAGUUCCUAAUUAAAGAUUUUCUAAAAAUCACUUAA